UGGAAUUUUUCUUUCCUAAUUUUACAUUCUCUGCAGAGGAGUGAAGUGAGAGAGAGAAGAUGCCGGCUGGUCAUGGUGUGAGAUCUCGAACUAGAGAUUUGUUCUCUCGUCCCUUCAGGAAGAAGGGAUACAUUCCAUUGACGACGUAUCUGAGGACAUUUAGGAUCGGAGAUUUCGUCGAUAUCAAGGUUAAUGGAGCCAUUCACAAGGGUAUGCCACACAAAUUCUACCAUGGCCGCACCGGUAGAGUCUGGAACGUCACCAAACGUGCCAUCGGCGUUGAAGUCAAUAAGCAGGUGGGAAACAGAAUAAUCAGGAAACGAAUUCAUGUCCGUGUAGAGCACGUCCAGAUUUCAAGGUGCAAAGAGGAACUCCGCCUACGCAAGGUAAAGAAUGAUCAAUUGAAGGCAGAGGCUAAAGCCCGAGGUGAGGUCAUCAGCACAAAGAGGCAGCCAGAGGGCCCGAAACCAGGUUUCAUGGUGGAAGGUGCCACAUUGGAAACUGUGACCCCCAUCCCCUAUGAUGUUGUUAAUGAUCUCAAAGGUGGCUACUAGGUCACCAGUCAAUUUUUGGAUUUCUUUCAGUAUUGUUUUGGUAUUCUUGGACACCUGAUGGGAUUUAGAAACUUAAGAUUCGAGUUUUGUUCUUAGUUUGAUUACUUUAUGGUUUUUUUGAGUAAAAAAGAAUCUUUUUGUUUUCA